UCUCCUUUCCUUUCUUCUUUCAGUGGUCCGCUCCAAGUCCAAACCCCGGCCGCCGCCGCCGCAUUCGGCUCCGUCUUCCGCCUCGGGAUAGAACGAGAGCGGCCGCUAGCCACACGGCACAGCCCUGUAGAAAGUCAAUUUGAGGAAAAACCUUGACCAAAGUGACCAGAUGUUUAAGCCUAGUUGGACCGUGUCCUUCCAAAUGAAUCAAAGUGAGCUUGAGGCCAAGAUAUGACUGUAUAUGGUGAAGAUUGGCUGCAACUCUUCUCCCAUGCGUACCCAAUCUCAUCUCUGAGCAUCUCACGGGUCACCUCCUCCUGAGUUGACUCAACCACACCAACAAAAGAGAGAGAGAGAGAGAGAGAGAGAGAGAGAGAGAGAGAGAGAGAGAUUGGUCUGAGGAGAGCAGAAAACAACAAGACCAAGAGAGACCGCGAAUGGAACCGGAAGAAGCGGCAGCAGCGCAGGCGAAAGGGGAUCUCCUCCGCAACUUUGAGCGAAUCCUCCAUGACGACCCCCUCAUAGACGAGGUCGGAUUCCUGCAUCCCACGCAGUUCCACUCACUACUCGUAGACAGCGCCAACAAAUCUGCGUUCCAAUACUUCUGGUGCACAGACCACAAGCUUGCCAUCUCCUCCGACAUCCUACCUGAGCUCUACCGCGCCGCUCGCCGUGCACAUUCUGACACAGCGCUGAACCGCCCCUCGUCAUCACCAUCUGCAUCUGCUGCUGCCUUGAUCAUGAUGCACAGUAAGGCGCUGCUCAUACUCUGCCCUGACUUGCUCACCGCAUGGAACUCCAGGAAGAUGGUGCUGUCCACCAAUUUUAAUCUUUCACACCUCAAGGAUGAGCUGCGAUUGUGUGCCUUGAUCCUCUCCUACUCGCCAAAGAAUGAGAGCACCUGGAGCCACAGGAGAUGGGUGAUAAAAAGACUUGCACAACGCCUUCAGGAUAUGCCGGAGCUUAUAGACAAGGAAUCUCUACUAGUAAAAAACAUAGCAGAGAAAUCAAAGAUGAACUACCGGGCAUGGAGGCAUCGGUGCUGGCUUAUUCCUUACAUGAAAAUAAAACAGGUGCUAGAUGAGUUGAACAAGUCAAAAAAAUGGACUGAGUUGCAUGUUGCUGACAACUGCUGCUUUCACUACCGCAGGUCCCUGCUGCUUGCAUUACUGGAUGGUGCAGCGAACGGAAAAGUUUCCCUUACUUGUCAAUCGGAAGCUCAUCUAAUGUGGAAGGAGGAACUAACGUGGAAUGAUACGCUCAUCAGACGCUACCAAGGGAGAGAGUCGUUGUGGAACCAUCGUCGGUUCCUCUCACAGUGGUGGGUACAACACUUGCUCAGCUGUGAGGAAACCAGCCCAUCAAGCGAGUCCCUGGCAGACCUCUUCCUAUCCCAAGAGAUACACCUCCUGUCAGACUGCCUGGGUGCUCCUGGUGAUGAGUUUGGUGAAACACGUGUUCAGGUGGAGCUUGCAGCGCUCUACAUUCUGUGGAUAUCAAAGCAAGAUGCGGCGGUGAAAGGGAAGGUGGAGGAGAGGCUGCAGUCGGUGGGAAGCCUGAAGGAGGUGUUGGCAAGGGCCUGCCCGGAGAAGAGCAGACUGUGGACACAUUUGCUUCACUGUUGAGUGCUGACCUGCAGAUGCUGCUGUGUUGUGCGUAUUUUUGUUUUACAGUUGCUGUAUUAUUUGUCAAUGUCAGAUCAUUGAGCUUUGCUGCUCUGGUUACUCGUGCCUAAACAUCACAGAUAAACUAGCAACAAUUAAUCAGAAGAGAAACAUCACUUCAUUUUCAUGGUA